GCGCGGCUCGCCGGGUCGGGGUUCGUGCGUCCUUUCCGCCGCCGAAGCUGGAUGCACACUUGAGGUGGUCCCUUGUCUGUGCUCGUGGUCACCUCCGGGGUGAUUCGGCGAAUUGGAAGGCAUGAGCCCAAGGGAGGCUGCUCCCUGCCUGGCAGGUCCGUCCCUUCGAGGCUGCUCGCCUCAUCCCCCCUCUCGGCGCGCCGCCACCUUCUGGUCAGAGUUUCUCCAGGGAGCGCCAAUGUGACCUGGGCCUUCCGCGACUCUGGCUCUUGGACCGCGACGGCGUCAUCAACGUCGACGUGGGAAGGCCGGGCGUCGUAGCCCCAGAGCAGCGGUUCACCCUGCUGCCUGGCGCGGCGGGGGCCAUCCGGCGGCUGAACGAGUCGGGCUGCCGCGUGGUGGUGGUGACGAAUCAGACUGCCGUUGCAAAGGGCCUGCUCUCGCCGGAGGCGCUCGGGCAGAUCCACGCCUUGAUGGCCGCGCGGCUGGCGGACUCCGGUGCGCACGUGGACGAGGUGCUGGUGGCGGUGCGGGGGCACCGCCUGAAGCCGGGGCCCGCGAUGGUGCUGGAGGCGCUGGAGGGCGGCCGCUGCCGCCCCUCCGAGGCGGUGCUGGUCGGGGACAAGCUCUCGGACCUGCAGGCCGCCGCGGCCGCGGGCGUCCGCUCCGCGCUCGUCACCUGCUCGCAGCACGGCGAGGCGGCGGCGCGGAGGCUGGCCGGGGGCGGGGCGGGCGGCGACGUCGCCGCCGCGCCGGUGCACGAGGACCUCGCCGCUGUGGUGGAGGCGAUGUUGGGGCCGCUGCCCUCGCCGCUGAGAGAGCAAAAACCGUAGACACGCGAACGGCGAUGCAGGUAAUGGCGAUGUGGGUUUCGGUUUUGGGCCGCUGUGGUGGAUCUCAUUCUGCGCGCAAGUGCGCAACUGGAUCCCACACGGUGUACAGUUGAAGGCGGUGGCUGAACGAAUGGCGUAGAGGUGACAUUCAAAAAGUCCCGGACGCCGUUUCUGCAUCUGUUCGUCGCGCGAUUUGCGCCGUCAGCGCGGAUUGUUUCCGGCAUUGUUGCGUGUGGUUUGCUGCCCAGCGGCAGCGGCAGCCGCAGUUUGGUAUCUUUGUCCGUAGUUUUUACGAUCGCCGCCGACGCCCCUGGUGUCAGCGCUGUCGCUCCCUGCUGUGGAGGGCAGCAGCACUCGCAAGAGUGCUUCAAUCUAGCUGUGAGG